CGCCAAACUCAUGAGCCCAUAAUAUUUCCACACUCAACGCUGGUAGUGCUCAAUCGGCCACGCACAAGAGAAAGAAUGGACGACGAGAGAUCGAGCUUCGUGGUCGCUCUGAUCGAGAACAGAGCCAAGGAGGUUGGAGUUGCUGCGUUUGACUUGAGAUCAGCUUCACUUCAUCUUUCUCAAUAUAUCGAGACCAGCAGCUCCUACCAGAAUACAAAAACAUUGCUGCAUUUUUAUGAGCCAAUGGUCAUACUUGUUUCCCCUAACAAGCUCGCACCUGAUGGCAUGGUUGGAGUUUCUGUUUUGGCUGAUAGAUUUUUUGCUACCGUGAAGAAGGUUGUAAUGGCACGCUCUUGCUUUGAUGACACAAAGGGUGCCGUUCUUAUUAAGAAUCUGGCAGCCAAGGAACCUUCUGCUCUUGGUUUAGAAACUUAUUACAAACAGUACUAUCUCUGCCUGGCUGCUGCUGCUGCUAGCAUUAAGUGGAUUGAAGCAGAGAAGGGGGUAAUUGUGACCAAUCAUUCUUUAUUGGUCACCUUCAAUGGCUCAUCUGAUCAUGUAAGCAUUGAUGCAACGAGCGUUCAGAAUUUAGAAAUUAUCGAGCCACUUCACUCCAAUCUUUGGGGAACAAGUAACAAGAAGAGAAGUCUGUAUAACAUGCUCAAAACAACAAAAACUAUAGGAGGGUCUAGACUUCUUCGUGCCAAUCUUUUGCAGCCAUUAAAAGAUAUCGAAACCAUUAAUGCCCGUCUGGAUUGCUUGGAUGAAUUGAUGAGCAAUGAACAAUUAUUCUUUGGGCUUUCUCAAGCUCUCCGUAAAUUUCCUAAAGAGACUGACAGAGUACUUUGUCACUUCUGCUUCAAGCAAAAGAAAGUUACAAAUGAAGUUUUGCAUCCUAGUGAUGCUAAAAAGAGCCAAAAUUUGAUAUCUAGCAUUAUUCUGCUAAAAACUGCCCUUGAGGCAUUGCCUUUACUCUCGAAGGUACUUAAGGAAGCAAAGAGUUUUCUGCUUGCAAACAUUUACAAAUCUAUUUGCGAAAACGAAAAAUAUACAAACAUUAGAAAGAGGAUUGGAGAAGUGAUCGACGAAGACGUUCUUCAUGCAAGGGUUCCUUUUAUUGCUCGCACUCAACAAUGUUUUGCAGUUAAGGCUGGAAUCGAUGGCCUGUUGGAUAUUGCAAGAAGGACGUUCUGUGAUACUAGUGAAGCUAUACAUAAUCUUGCUAACAAAUAUCGAGAAGAGUACAAGUUGUCCAACUUAAAACUGCCAUUUAAUAAUAGGCAAGGGUUUUACUUGAGCAUUCCUCAUAAAGAUGUACAAGGAAAGCUUCCUAACAAGUUUAUUCAGGUCUUGAAGCACGGGAACAACAUACGAUGUUCUACCCUGGAACUUGCUUCUCUGAAUGUUAGAAACAAGUCUGCUGCAGGAGAAUGCUAUAUACGAACAGAAAUUUGCCUGGAAGGACUGGUGGAUGCCAUAAGAGAGGACGUCUCUAUGCUAACACUGCUCGCAGAAGUCUUGUGUCUUUUAGAUAUGAUUGUCAAUUCAUUUGCACAUACAAUAUCAACAAAGCCUGUUGAUCGAUAUACUAGGCCAAACUUUACAGAGAAUGGCCCGAUGGCAAUUGAAGCUGCUAGACACCCAAUCCUAGAAAGUAUACACAAUGAUUUCGUUGCUAAUAGCAUAUUUCUAUCGGAAGCAUCCAACAUGAUAAUCGUCAUGGGUCCAAAUAUGAGUGGAAAGAGUACCUAUCUUCAACAAAUGUGCCUUCUAGUUAUUCUUGCUCAAAUUGGAUGUUAUGUUCCAGCACAUUUCUCAACCUUGAGAGUUGUUGAUCGCAUAUUCACACGAAUGGGCACAGAUGAUAGUCUAGAGUCCAACUCCAGCACAUUCAUGACAGAGAUGAAGGAAACGGCUUUUGUUAUGCAGAAUGUCUCCCAAAGGAGUCUCGUUGUCGUGGAUGAACUUGGGAGGGCAACUUCUUCCUCUGAUGGAUUUGCAAUUGCAUGGAGCUGCUGUGAAUAUCUUUUGACACUGAAAGCCUAUACCAUAUUUGCCACUCAUAUGGAGGGCCUAUCAGAGCUGGCAACCAUCUAUCCAAACGUAAAAAUUCUUCACUUCCAUGUGGAUAUAAGGAAUCACCGUUUGGAUUUCAAGUUUCAACUAAAGGACGGAAUAAGACAUGUACCACACUAUGGCCUUUUAUUAGCAGAAGUGGCAGGAUUGCCAAGCUCGGUUAUUGAAACUGCAAGAGACAUUACUUCCAGGAUCAAGGAGAAGGAAGAAAGACGAAUGGAGAUAAACCACUUGCAGUAUCAUCCGAUCAGAAUGACUUAUAAUGUGGCUCAACGUCUAAUAUGCUUGAAAUACUCCAGCCACGAUGAAGAUUCAGUACGAGAAGCAUUACGAAAUCUUAAAGAGGGCUACAUUAGUGGCAGGCUCUAAUACUUGGUAAGUUCUAUAUACACAGAAAAAGAGAACGAAAAAGGCGAGGGAAUCCAGAAAAGGAGGAGAAAAAAAAGCGCAUAAUGAGUCUUUAAGGUAAUCAAAUAACACCUUUGAUACUAUCAUAAAAAGUUUGCCAGCCUUGGCCUACUUGAAAACAGAGAAUGCUUAGGUUUUUUCUUUCGUCCUAAAAUUACCAAUUCAUGAUAAAUUCGCCAAUGAAAAUUUUGAAACACAACUUCACUAAGACCUAAUAGCAGAGCAUGUUAAUACU